GGCUUAGCUGGAAAGCUAGUCCGAAAACCGGCUUAUUUUUUUAAAAUUUAACGUUGACGUUCUCCUUUCUACUGAACAGGAGUGGACACUGAAAUUUCAGAGCAGCUCAGGAAGUACUCAAAUUCAAGAUGGCCUCCAUUGCAGAGCAGCCAUGCUACACAUUGAUAAAUGUACCAAUGGGUGCAGAGCUUCCCACAGAAUUGCAACUCAAGACAGAUCUAGAGACAGGUGAUGCUCGGACUAAGAUUGAAGCUCUGAAGAAAGUAAUUCAGCUGAUUCUGAAUGGAGAGAAGAUGCCAUCCCUGUUGAUGAUCAUCAUCCGCUUUGUGAUGCCAAUGCAAGAUCACAUGGUCAAGAAACUGCUACUAGUCUUUUGGGAGGUGGUCCCAAAAUACACCCCAGAGGGAAAGCUAUUGCAAGAGUUUAUCUUGGUCUGUGAUGCUUACAGAAAGGAUUUGCAACACCCAAAUGAGUUUAUCCGAGGAUCCACCUUGCGCUUUCUGUGCAAGUUGAAGGAACCAGAGCUCCUCGAGCCACUGAUGCCUGCCAUCCGUCAGUGUCUGGAACACCGCCACUCAUAUGUCAGGCGAAAUGCUGUCCUGGCCAUUUACACAAUCUACAGAAAUUUCGAGUUCCUCAUUCCUGAUGCACCAGAACUGAUUCACAACUUUUUGGAGGGAGAGCAAGAUAUGUCCUGCAAGAGGAAUGCCUUCAUGAUGCUUAUACAUGCUGAUCAAGAGCGAGCCCUUGACUACCUGAGCAGCUGCAUUGACCAGGUCACAUCGUUUGGGGACAUCCUGCAACUGGUUAUUGUGGAGCUCAUCUACAAAGUCUGUCAUGCAAAUCCAGGAGAAAGAGCUCGGUUCAUCCGCUGCAUCUACAACCUGCUGAACUCAUCCAGUCCAGCAGUGAGAUAUGAAGCGGCGGGCACACUGGUCACUCUGUCAAGUGCCCCCACAGCCAUCAAGGCUGCUGCAAGUUGUUACAUCGAGCUGAUUGUGAAGGAGAGUGAUAACAAUGUCAAGCUUAUUGUCUUGGACAGACUGAUUGCUCUCAAGGAGGACCUGAACCACGAAAAAGUCUUACAGGAUCUUGUGAUGGACAUCCUGCGGGUGCUGGGCUCUCCCGACCAAGAAGUGAGGAAAAAGACUCUCAACCUGGCCCUGGAUCUGACCACUUCACGGAACAUUGAAGAGAUGGUGUUGGUGCUGAAGAAAGAGGUAGUGAAGACAAACAAUGUAGAGCACGAAGACACAGGCAAGUACCGGCAGUUGCUGGUUCGUACCCUCCACCAGUGCAGUGUCAAGUUCCCAGACGUGGCUGCAACCAUCAUCCCUGUGUUGAUGGAAUUUCUGGGAGACACCAAUGAACUGGCUGCAGCAGAUGUACUAGUGUUCAUCCGUGAGGCAGUGCAACGUUUUGACCAGCUGAGACCACUUGUCAUCAGGAAACUCCUGGAUGUGUUUGGUACCAUCAAGUCCAUGAAGAUUCACCGAGCAGCCCUGUGGAUUCUGGGAGAAUACUGCACCAGUUCCGAUGACAUCCAGAGUGUGAUGACCCUGGUCAGACAGUCGCUUGGAGAUAUUCCUAUUGUGGAUGAUGAGAUCAAGAAAACUGCUGGGGAAGUCAAGGAAGAUGAAAUGCAAAUGGGCGGAAAUGUACAGAGACUUGUUGCAGCAGACGGGACGUAUGUUACCCAGAGUGCAUUCAGCACCACAACAGUGGCAAAGAAAGAGGAAGUGCCACCACUGCGUAAAGAUAUGAUGGAUGGUGACUUCUUUAUUGGAGCUGCUCUCGCUACUUCCCUCACAAAGUUGGCUCUCAAGUUCAUUGCAAUCACACAAGACAAGAAACGACAGAACGCAUUUGUGGCGGAGGCUAUGCUCAUCAUGGCCACCAUCAUCCAUCUGGGCAAGUCUGGACUCUCCACAAAGCCAAUCACAGAUGACGAUGUUGACCGCAUAGCUGUGUGCCUGCGUGUUCUUGCGGAGCGCUCGGACAUGAUGAAUGAGAUCUUCAACACAGCCUGCCGUGGGUCACUGUCCCUCAUGUUGGCUGCCAAGAUAGAGGAGGAGAAACAGCUGCAGCAGGCUGCAGGACGAAAAGAGGUCAAAGUUCACGCAGAUGACCCCAUCAGUUUUGCUCAGCUCAUCAACAGAAGUGACCAGGCUGGUGGAGAGAAUGUGUUUGAGCUGACACUGUCUCAAGCCUUGGGCGGGAAUGCCAAGAGAGAUGGAGAUCCUUUGGGGGCGUCCAAACUCAACAAGGUCACACAGCUGACUGGUUUCUCUGAUCCUGUGUAUGCAGAGGCUUACGUGAAUGUCAACCAGUUCGACAUCGUGCUAGACGUGCUCAUCGUGAAUCAGACGGCAGACACACUCCAGAACCUCACCCUGGAGCUGGCUACGCUAGGUGAUCUCAAAUUGGUGGAAAAGCCGCAGCCUCUGACUUUGGCCCCUCACGACUUCUGCAAUACUAAAGCAAAUGUCAAGGUCACCUCCACAGAGAAUGGAAUUAUCUUUGGAAAUAUUGUGUAUGAUGUGUCCGGCGCGGCCAGCGAUCGCAACUGUGUGGUCCUCAACGACAUCCACAUUGACAUCAUGGACUACAUUGUCCCAGCCUCCUGCACCGACACAGAGUUCCGACAGAUGUGGGCCGAGUUUGAGUGGGAGAACAAAGUGACAGUCAACACCAACAUCUCAGAUCUGCGGGAGUACCUGGAGCAUGUCAUGUCCUGCACCAACCUCAAAUGUCUCACACCCGAGAAGGCUCUGUCUGGGGACUGUGGCUUCAUGGCGGCCAACAUGUAUGCCCGCUCUAUCUUUGGUGAGGAUGUCCUGGCCAAUCUGAGUAUCGAGAAGCCAUUCCAUCUGGGCAAGGAGGCUCCAGUGCAGGGUCACGUGCGCAUUCGGGCCAAGAGUCAGGGUAUGGCUCUGAGCAUGGGAGACAAAAUUAACCUGUCCCAGAAAAAAGCCCUGAAGACAACGUCCUCAUGAGUGGGAGGGAACAAGUUUUGGAGAUGUCCUUGCUCUGAGGGUUCAGCCGACCGUCUAUCUUGUCACUGAAGCGAAUGUUGUCCUUAUCCUGGCGUCUUGUGCUGGCCGUAGGACAGAGAGGGAAAUCUGAACCACCUGAAAGUUAUUGUAGACAGUUUUGCUUUGUGAUAUUUUGUUCUUGUGAGGUCAUAAUGACACGAUGGCUGUUCUACUACUGGACAGUUUUCUUUCAGCAAGAGACAAGUUUAAGACUAUUAUGAUUAUUGAUAGUAUUGUUAUUGACAUGCACUCUUCAUUUAUAGAAACUAUAAACAUUUUUUCCCCCUUCCUACCAAUAGCAUAAAUCAACUUCAUGUUGUCAAGCGUUUCUGUGGGACUUGCUGGAAAUAUACAAGUGAAAAUAUUGAAAAAAGUGUUUUUUGUUUUUCUUUUUUUAUAUUUUGUGAUGAAUUGUUGCAGACUUUUGGUCAAAAUGAUGUCAUAUCUGUGAGCGCCUGGAGAAAGGAAUGAAAUGUCCGCCCAUGUCAUUUCAAACUACAGACUUAUAGAGUAAAGAAAAUCAAUUUUGUAAAUAAAAUCCUAUUUCCAUAAAAAAAACACCAAAGACCCAAUGGUUCCACCAUUUCUGAGCCAUAAUCAGGGUUCCCACUCAACUAGGAAAAUGGGGGGGGGGCGGACAUUUCCUUUUAAAAUUUCAUGUAUGGGAAAACACCAUGAAUGUGAUGAACAUGAAAAUAAACAGGAGGCCAUCAUUGCAAACUUGA